AUGGUGAAGUAUGGGUACGAUCAGACAGAGUUUAUCAAGGAUGUGCGCACGAAGACAGAUGCGGAUGGAGUAAUGCCAACCUGCCCCCACUGCAAAUGCAACAAAUACAUUGACAUUGGGCGCUCUAGAUGGAUUGAGUCGCCCAAGAUUCUCUUUGGUAUUGACAGUCACCGCUACCUUGAUACGAAACUGUACUACUGCCGAAACUGCACCAAGCAUUUCAAUGGUUUUAACAAGACGUCACUGCAGCUGGAUUCACAUCUCUGGGUUGGCUUGUUUGACUUCCAUCUCACCGAUACCUUUGCUGUUGAUGCACAACUCUACAGUGACAUCAUUAACUCGACAGAUCAAACCUCUACAGCUAUAGCGAAGAAGUAUGCUCAGAGAGUAUUUGACAAGUAUGUGAGCGAUUUUCACUACUAUCUUUAUGCUGUGCGAGGAAACAAAGUGAGAGCAGAAAGGACCGAUGUAAGCAGUGCUGACAGGACACAGAGGACUUUGGAUGAUAUGGUUGCACCGCCCACCCAGUUAACAGACAUGCAGAUGACAGUGUCGACAUUGCAGAGACUUCUAAGGAAAGCCAAAUUCCACCAAAGUCAUACAGACGCCAUGGUAGAAGAUGACCUCGAUUUCAAGGACGUCGUGUCACGCAAGAAGAACAGAAAUGAGAGGAAAGCUCCUUUGUCAGGCAUUGGUGUUGGGAAGAUGAGGGACUUGAUUGCUGUUGGUGUUCACAAUGGCAGACAAUUGUUGCAGUAUGACAACCUCAGUAACAAAUUCAAGAAGGAUGUCCUCAAUGGGUGGAAACGAAAGGUUGACGCAAUAUUCAAAGAGAGGAAACGCGAGGCGAAAAAGGCAGCAGACGAAGUCAAGAGUCUGGAGAGCCAACUAGCAGCUGCCACUACACAUGUCGAAAUGGAAGAGGCAGUUGGUAUUGGACUGGAAAAUGAAGGGGCGGCGCAACAACAAGAACAACAACAAACACCAACAAAGGAGAUUCCCACCUUCAGCAAAAUCGACAACUCUGAGGGAGUGGUGUAUGUGGACAAUUGCUGCUCUACUGGAAAGAUACUACGGGAGGUGUUUGGAGAAGACCUUCUAGUGAAAUUGGACAUCUUUCAUUGGUUGAAACGGUGGGACGAAAUGAUUGCUGAGCCUUCUUCGCAAAAUGCAGUGCUGUUUCGGGUUUUGAUGAGUAGAGCGGUGUUCCUUGUUGAAGCAUCUGCCUUUGAAGCUGCUAAAGAGGAGCUGACAAAGAAGCUAAAUCGACAACCAACCAAUCGCGAGAUAUUGAAGAAAGCAAAUUCAGUUGUUCCGGGCCCAGAGCUGUUACGGAAGAAUGUCAUGGCGAACCCGAAAACUGGCAAGACCUUUUCAGUUCGCUCAACAAGUGGAAAUGAAGCAGACAACUUACAACUGGAUCGUCUCACCGGUACAUCCAUUGGCAUAGGCCUGGCAGAGAGAACCUGUGACACCUUCUUUGAACAGAGCAAUGAAAGGAAGAGAAUGAAUCGUCUUGGGGAAAAUGAUCCAUUUACUUAUCGAACUGAAACUAUGGCUUUGUUGAAUUCGUAUGCUCUCAAGUCAGGAUUUAAAGAGGAGCAGCUACCGUUUCCACAACUGUCCGUGCCAAAGCUGAGCACGGUACAUCCAAAGGAAUACAUUGGAUUUAACUACCAGCACUCAGCUUAUGAAGAUGUGUCGAAUCCAGUACAGAAUUUGGAGCCCUACUCACUUCAAGAAAGCAAUGAAGAUGGUGACGAUUCUGCAUUAAGCGAUCUACUGGAAGGGCUUUUUGACGAUGAGGAUGACGAGGACGAUACAGGGACCGAAAAUGGGAAUGAUUCUGUUAAAUCGAAAGAGGAAGAAGCAAUGCUCUUGUUGCCCGAAAUCACCAAGCGAGAGACAACAAUGCAAGCCUUUCAGCGACUGACUGAAGAGCGUCCAUGGAUACCCUUCCAUUCAGGCCAAACUCCCAAAACUGCACUGGACCAUGAAGAAGCUGCAUUGUUUCAGUCUAUGAUCAGCAGGUACAGUCGCAAUGCAACACCAAGCUCGCGAAAUGGCUUCAACUCAAUGGCAGCCGAAUGGAACAACGAAAUGGCACAGCGAUUCAUGAGAAGGACCGAAGGCGACACCGAAAUUAUUCUUAUCAACAGGAAGUCAACGAUACAACUUCAAGAGCACUACGAUCGUUUAAAGGAAAUGAAGCAAGCGGCAAACAGCUUCGUGCCAGGGAACCAAUUUGAAGAAGCCAUGAGAAACACCAUUCGCGAUUCAAGGAACCAGCUGCAACCACGUCCUCUACCACAAGUGGCCACACCGUUAAUUAACUCCUUGGAUAGUCAGAACAGCGAACGGUCCCAUGACAACAAUAAACGAUCCAUUACAGGGUUUUAA